AUGGCGUCCCACUCUCCUCUGAGGAUAGCCGUUAUCCUAGGCGCAUUACUGAUUUUCCUGCUGACGGUUGUAAUAAAUGCCUUGUCCAGCUCUGUGGGUCAGCAGAUUGGUCUGUUUCUAAACAACACUGGGGACAUCUCGGCUGUUUUCGAGACAGCAGUCACACCUGCUGGCUGGACGUUCUCCAUUUGGGGUGCCAUAUAUACAUGGCAGGCCCUGUUCUUCAUCUACGCCCUAUCAACUCUGUGCCGAAAGAAGGCGGGGACAUACUUGUACCUCUCCGUGGACUACGUGCCACCUAUAAUGUUCAUUUUUUAUAGCGUGUCUAACUGUUGUAACAUCGUCUGGUUAUUUCUGUGGGACCGUCAGUAUAUCAUUGCCGCGCUGGCACUCAUUGCUCUCAUCCCGUUCUUCUUAUACCUCGUGCUCUUCGUCUCCUUCGGACGAUUGGUCAGAUGCAUCCCAGAAAUGGUCAAGGCGGGUCUGAGCCGAGACGUGUGGCUUACUCGCUUUCUCGUCCAAAACGCCGUUGCUAUGUACGCCACUUGGGUAACCAUAGCAACCCUUCUGAACUUCACCAUGGUGCUACAGUACCGAGCCGAUCUGGAAGGGUCCACGGCCGCCAUCAUCAGUCUGUCCAUUGUAUCGGUGGAGGUCCUGCUCUGGUCUGUUCUCGACAACACUGUCCUCGACAAGUACACACGAUAUACCUUCAGCCCGUACAUUGUUAUAAUUGUGGCCUUCGCAGGUAUAAUGAGUAAACAUUUCGACACAGAGACAGCCUUAGCUACAUCGGCAUUCACUGCAACACUAUUGUCUGUGGCGAUCCUUUUGUCCAUAAUUAAAGUCUGUGUCAUGGUGUAUCGCCAUAUCCACCGUCCCAUCACGCCUCCACCAGCCACGUAUAGCAACUUCUAA